GGGGCGUCUAAACUUGGAUAGCCCCUCAUUCCCAGCUCCCCUGGGAGGGCAGUCAGCUGUCCCAAUCGCAUUGCUCAGGAGGGUAGCUCAUCGGCUCCAAAACACAGCCUGACAAGGGGAGAUUGCAAAAGCUCCCUGCCUCCCCACCCCCACUCCUGGCCAGCAUCAAAGGACAUAUAAGCGGAGGCGCCCUGCCCAGCCCUGGAGAACACGAGAAGUUUCUGGGCGCUGAUGUUUAUUUAAGCCGCUGCCUGGGCUCGGAGAAAAGGACAGAAGAGAGAGACAGGCGGCCCCAAAGGGUGCUGGUGCCGACCUCUGCUUGCCUGCCUGGUCUCCAGAGAGAAUCCACCCCAGGUCUGAAGUGGGGGCUGGGCACUUCUGCCAUCCGCAAGCCACUGGGCACUCACUGAUCUCUCCCCUCCCUUUGUCCUCCUUCCCUUGCCUGGAUUUAAAUCCCUUGGAGAGUUUUGGCAAGGGGAGGGCAUAUCUGGAGGGAUUCCUGUCGCUCCGGUUUGGCAUCCCUAUCCUCCCCCAGGGCUGAGACAGCCUCUCUGAGGGAGAACUCUGGUUUUGGGGAGGGGCCUUGGAUGGUUAUUUGCUGAGAAGCCACACAGGGAGCCAGAGGCAGGUCCAGAAGAGUCAACUGGUAACUGCUGUCCUGGGCCCAUAGUGCCCAGCUAGGGCUCUUGCCACUGUUUGGGAGUCGGAGGAGGGCCACUCUGCCCUGACCCACGCCUGCAGCCAUGGCCGACGGCCAAAUGCCUUUUUCUUGCACCUACCCUUCUUCCCGCCUGAGGAGAGACCCUUUCAGGGAGUCAGGCCUGUCUACCCGCUUGCUGGACGACGAUUUUGGCAUGGCCCCCUUCCCGGACGACCUGACUGCAGACUGGCCCGACUGGGCCCGCCCCAGACUGUCCCCAUGGCCAGGCACCCUAAGGGCAGGCAUGACUCCCCUGGUCCCCAGCAUGGCCCCUCCAGUCUAUGGGGCCAGGUAUGGGCCUGUUGAAAACCGCAGCCCACCCCCCUGCCCUGGGGAGCCUUGGAAGGUCUGUGUCAAUGUGCAUAGCUACAAGCCAGAGGAGCUGACUGUUAAAACCAAGGAUGGCUUUGUGGAGGUAUCAGGCAGACAUGAAGAAAAGCAACAAGAAGGGGGAAUUGUUUCCAAAAACUUCACAAAGAAAAUCCAACUCCCCGCUGAGGUGGACCCCGUGACAGUAUUUGCUUCCCUCUCCCCUGAGGGUCUGCUGAUCAUCGAAGCCCCCCAGGUGCCUCCUUACUCUGCAUUUGGAGACAGCAGCUUAGGUAAUGAGCUGCCCAUGGACAACCACGAAGUCACCUGUGCUUGAAGAGGCCUGCAGAAGAAGAGUUCUCCUUCUCUUCCUCUCCUUUCCCUCCCCCAGACCCAAGAGAUUUCUCUCUGAUUCCAGAUGCAAUUACAUUAGCUCAAUAGAGAUGUAUGUUGGAUAGAGAAGAUUGUUUUUCUGCUUUUGCGAUUGAGUGGGCCUCCCAUCUGGAAGCAUCCUUACCCAGAGUGCCUACCUACUGAUUCCUGUCCUGCCCUGUCCUGAGGAGGUCUGGCCCUCAGCUUCUCCCAGUGCAGAGAGCCGGCCCUGCACCACACUGGGCCGGCCAGUGACAACAGCGCAGCUGCUUGCUCCCAAACCUUGUACCCCUUUUCCCACGACCCAAAGCCAAGCCCAGAAAAAUCCCAAGGGCUUAUUCCCUGGCUGCUCACUUGUCCCUUCUGUGUCCCUACAGGCCACUUGCCAUCCCCCAGCCUCACAAAGAUAAUUUUUUAGAGGUCUUACAUGCAUUAAGUGUUUAUUUGUAUAUCAGACCUAAGUAGGGGGUGCCUUUUUUUUUGUUCAUAUUUGCUUUAAGUUAAUUAGAUAUUUAUGGAGAUGGGCCUGAAUGGGGGAUUUUAGGACCCCCUCUAGUCAUUUGCUGGCUAACUCUAUCUUUGACCCCCUCCUCUGUCUAGUCCCCCCCCCCAUUUUUUUUCCAGGUCCAGGUUUUCCCAAGAGGGAAUUGCCAGGUUUGGAUCUUGCUCUCCGGAGCUGCCAGGAACCAAGUACCAGCCAGACAGACAGAACUGACAAAGACAGGCUGGGAACUUUCCACAAUGUGACAAUGUCAUGUGCUUGGGUGGGAACAUUUCUGUAUUGUGCUGGAUUUUGUUUUGUUGUUUUUUUUCCAGUUGUGCUCUUGUUUGAGGGGAAAAUAACUUUAUGAAUAAUA